AUGGACUACUCACCCGCACCGCAGGCCAGCGCGACAGCCGAUGCGCCCCAAAGCGGCGGCAGCGAGCCAGGCUCGCUUGACCACGGGGCCCCGCCUGCCGCCGCAUUGGCGGCGCCGCCGGCGGGAUCCUCAACCGCCGCCAAGCGCGUCGUGAAAAAGGUGGUGAAGAAGACCGUGGUCAGGCGGGUCCUGAAAAAGCGUGAGACGGGCGAGUCGACGGACGGCUCCCCGCCCCCGCCGCCGGCGAUGGUCGGCGCAGCCCCGCCCGUGCCCGCGGCGGCGGCAGCCACGGCGGCGGUUGGCAGCACGGACCCGGACGGUCGGCAGGAGGGGGAGGUGGAGGAUCAGGAGGAGAUCCAAAAGAUCAUUAGCGAGAUCCACGGGGAGCCCGGCGAGGAGUCUUCCAGCGAGGACCUGCCGGCCAGCGCCCGCGGCCCCGCUCCGCGCGCGGCCGCGCCGCCGGCACUGCCCUCGGGCCCAAGCCUUGGCCCCGCCGCCGCGCACGCGCGCGCCGCGGCGGCGCCCGGGGGGCGCGGCGGCCGCGGCGGAGGCGACGCCAGGAGCGGCGGCAGCCAUCGCUUCACCGGCGACGCGGAUGCGCUGGCCUCGCCGUGGCCCGACAACGGCCAGAUCUCGCGAGAUCUGCUCCAACCCGACAGCGACGCCGCGUCCCACCUGCCGUCCCCCGGCGGCGGCGGUGAUGUCAUUCGUGCCGGCCCACAGGGCCGCGAUGACGCCGCUGGGUUUGUGGAGCCGCUUGGUGUUCCCGAGGUCGCCGCGGCGGCACGCGCCGCGGCCGACGCUGUCGCGGCAGCGGCAGCGGCCGCGCAGGCGGGCGCGGUGGCGCGCACAGGGGUGGGCGAGGAGGCGGCGCGGUCGAGGGCGCUGGCGGCGCAGCUGGCGCUGCUGCAGACCCUAUAG